CUACUUUUGUCGCACACUGAGAGGGAGCUGCUGUGUGAGUCUAAUCAGCCUCAAUUCAGUCCUUGGGUCAGGACCUCCACUGUCUGAUAGCAGGAGCCACAGAGAGGAUUUACACAAGUGUGAGGAGCAAGUUAGUCUUGGACUCGUGAGUGAAAGUGGAACACCAGCACCGUUUCCCACGGACUAAUAUCCCCAAGAGGGCGGGGGUUGAGUGUUUUUUUUAAGGGGUACGACUCAUUCACACACACCCCUCCCCAGCAGCAUCCUGGAGCAGGUCUUGUAGUCAUUUCCACUUCAAGCAACAAGUUGAGACACAGUUCAGAAGCAGUGUGAAGGCGAGUGAAGCCUAUAGCCAACCAUGCCGAGCAAAAGCCAAUAUCUGCGCCCCCGGUUGUGCACGCUGGAGAAGGGGGAGAACGGAUACGGCUUCCACCUCCACGGGGAGAAAGGCAAGACGGGGCAGUUUAUCCGGUUAGUGGAGCCCGAGAGCCCGGCUGAAACCUCGAGGCUCCGAGCCGGAGACCGACUGGUGUUUGUCAACGGGGAGGACGUGGAGAACGAGAGCCACCAGCAAGUCGUGUCCCGGAUACGAGCCACCGUGGGCCGGCUGGAGCUCGUAGUGGUGGACCCGGACACGGAGCAGCUGCUGAAGAAACACAACAUGAAGUGUCUGAAGGAGUAUGUCACUGACGGUAUCCCGUUACCCUUCGACGAAGAUGAUGAUGAGGAGGAGGUGGUGGUGGUUGUGGAGGUGGAGGAGGAGGACAGGGAGAUGGACGGGACGGUAAACGGGGAUGAGCGGCACGUCAAGGGGGAUGAGGAGGAGGAGGAGCGGGAGGAGACACCCAGGGAGUCCACGCCUGUCCCGGAGAGUAACGGAGAAAUGCACGUGCAUGUAGAGAAAAAGCUGAGCAUCAACUCUGAGAAGGAGGUGUUGUGCACAGAACUGCGGCCACGUAUCUGUGUGAUCCAGCGAGGGCCGAGCGGAUAUGGCUUCAACCUGCACAGCGAGCGGGCGCGUCCGGGCCAGUACAUCAGAGCUGUGGAUGAAGACUCUCCAGCAGAGAGGGCAGGCCUGCUGUCCAAGGACAGGAUAGUACAGGUGAACGGUGUGUCAGUAGAAGGGAAGACACAUUCAGAAGUCGUGGCAGUCAUUAAAGCCGGUGGGAGUGAAGCACGUCUGCUGGUGGUGGACCCUGACACAGAUGCCUACUUCAAGAAGUGCCGAGUGGCCCCCACCUUGGACCACCUCACCGGUCCGCUGCCUGAGCCUGUGAUUAAUGGGGGAAUGGAGGGGAAGGUGAAUGGUAGAGGGGCCAAAGAGGCAGAGAGGGACUCAAAGCUGUCAGUCAGUCCUUCUCCAUCCAAUGCCUCGUCAAACACCUCGCUCACAACCCCACCCGCUAACACCCCACCUGAGCGUUUCAUCGCAGACGCCAUCCCAGCGCUCAACCUGUCCCUGCAGCAGGUCAAAGAGCGCGCCCACCAGAAACGCUCCAACAAGAGAGCCCCGCCCAUGGACUGGACCAAGAAAAAUGAACUCUUCAGCAACCUAUAGGACAAUCUCACACACACACACACACACACACAAACACACACACACACACAUACACACACGCAUUCACGCACACAGGUUUUAUAGUGAUUCUUACAAAGAGACAUCAGCAAGAUAUUUUUUAUUGUCAUGACAUUAAAAAGAGCAGUUUAACUACUGGCACCGGACAAAUCAAGCCUGUAAAAGAUAGUAUGUUAUUAUAAAACAGAUUAUAUGUGUAUAAUGUGCUACUAACAAUGAAAGAUGCAUAUGCCAAUGAGAGAACUGGAUAAUGUUGAAAAGUGUGUGUGUGUGUGUGUGUGUGUGUGUGUGUGUGUGUGUGUGUGUGUGUGUGUGUGUGUGUGUGUGUGUGUGUGUGUGUGUGUGUGUGUGUGUGUGUGUGUGUGUGUGUGUGUGUGUGACUCUGACAGUCCCUGCUGGCCAGAGAGUCUGGUGCCUGUGGAAACUAAGAGGAGUUGGUUGUUAUGCUCAGUUUAUGGCCGUGCUCCUCCGUCUAAUUGUCUGUCUAUUUUCUACUAACACUUAAAACAUCCUAGUGUCUUCAACAACGUGAGUUAACCCAACCAGACAAUCAGUGAAUUAAUAUCUCUAGUUUACCUUUUUAUUAGUUUGUUGGGAUCAAACAUCUGUCUGAACAGUAAUGUUUUAUUAGCGUAGAUUUCAGUUUCUAUGUUAAAGCCCUUUUUGUGAAUAAGAAACUUCCUGAUGGCUUUAAACUGGAAAGAAGUGUGUUUUAAAUAGGGUUCUGUUAUGUAUCUCUCAUGUAUAUUUUUACUUCUUUAUUUUUACAUAAAUUCCACUCUGAAUUGAAAACAAGUUCAGCUUAAUCUUUUCUUGCCACAGUACUAUCCCCACUUUGUCUGAAUACAUGAUAUCAUAUUUUAUUAAAUGUGAACUACAGUUUAUAUUGAGUAAAUAAAACCGUCCUCACUUUGCUGGGGAUGGCCGUUCAGUUCAUAAAUGGAAUCAUUUUAUUGCUUCUGGAGAAAUUAGAUUUUUACACAUUUCUUUCAAUGUCUUAAAAACCGUAAUUAUCUAACUUCGAGAUGAAGUAUUUCCACAAAUUGUCUGUGCUUCACUAGAUUUAGUGCAUUUGUCCACUAUUGAGAAUAUAUGCAGAGUUUUGUUGUAGCUUAUGUGCAAGAAGUAAGCAAUUUCUAUUCUGUAAUAAAUCGGUCAUCACAACAACA